CGUAUUCUUUGAUCUCCCUCAAAAAUAAAAAAAGAAUUCUCUCCAACCACUCAAAAUAAAAACCCAAAAAAAUCAAGAAACAAGGGAAAGGGACAAAGAAGCAGAGGCCGUCGCCAUGGCCGUCAUCCCGCCGGCGACAGAGUUCGGAGAUCUAUGCGACGAAAUCGCCGAAACCAUCUUCUCUUUCGCCCCCUGAAAUCCCUAGCGACUGGAGACCGUUUCCAAAUCAUGGCGGCAGUUGAUUGCCAGAGUCCGGCUGCCCCACCCGCCCGCCACCGACUCCUGUCUCGUUCUCCACCUCUGGUCCUUCGGAUGCGCCGAAAUCUCUAAAAAAUCCGUCUUCUUGAAGCUGCACUACCCCCACAACGCCGAGCUCUGCACGGUCGACUCCUCCGCCCCGAACAAAUUCCCCUUCUUGAUCGAUUCAUGCAACGGGUUAAUCCUCUACGGCGCCGUGGACGACAAAAAGACUUGGAAUUACAUCGUACAUUCCCAGGUUUCCGACCAAUCCAUAGCCCUCCCUCCGUCGAACUCAGUUUACAGACCCGCAUUCGUCGCACUGGCCUUUGACCCGAGGAAGAACGCCCAAUUCAAAGUCGUGGGCUUUUUCUGGAACGAGGUGAAUCCCCUCUCCAAUUCUGUGAACUCUAUGGUUUUCAAGCCUGAAUCUUGUGAGUGGAUGCAGAAACAGGGAUGCUCUUGAAUUCAGGUCUGAUUUCUGAAGAGGGCUUCGUGUUUGGACAGUGCUUCGGCCCUGCAAUCUAUAUGAACUCAAGAUUACAUCUGAUAUGGUGCUUCUGUCUCUUAAUCUUCGAUGAAGACGGCGAUGAAUUCACAGUUUUGCCACUCCCAAGAAACCCCAAUGGAUCAUCAUAUUCAUACCACAAUCCCUGCCACCGCUCGCUAUGGGAAUCGGAGGGCAAACUGAAUCUUUGUGACCCGGAGAACACGGGUUUCGAAUCUGGGAGUUCAGCAACAACACCCUUGAAUCGUUAUGGAAAUUGCUUCGGUUUGUGGUUCUGGACGAUUUAAUUUCAGAAACGAGGAGGGAGACGGGGUGAGAGUGACUGUGGGGAAUUCCAUAAGGUCCUCUGGGUUCACGAGGAUUUGCAGAUUCUGUAUAUUCAUGUGGUUGUGUGCAAGAAAAUCGUAGGGUACAGCUUUGAGACUAAGAGGGUUGUGGGGGUUUGGUCCUAUGGAGAUGUGGGAGAAGAUUUCCAGCUUCGUACAUCCAUUGGAAACAACUAUUAGAAGAAGGGUAUUGUCGAAGGCUUCUUCUGGCAGCCGCGCUUCACACAGUGCAGAUCGGAGAGGGAAAAGAGAGGGAGUACUCUAUCGACCAGAAUGAAAACAGAGAUGACGGGCAGACCUUUAGGAACAGCGCAUCUUGAGGGAGAGGUAAAGGUGAAGGUCGUGGUUGCAGGAGUACAAUCAACAAUUCUUCAUCUUUCUCAACAUUGGCCCGGCGGCUAUGAGCUGGGCUAGGCGAGCAACACCACCUGGCUUGCUGGAUUUGGGAUUGGCUUUGGUCUCUGAAGAAGAUAUGCUGGGAGUUUCUUGUUGCUGGUCUGAGCAAGGCAUUGAAGCUGGACAAGUUGGACUUAGAUUAAUUACCAAGGGCGAUAGACAAACUACAGUCUCAAAGGAGUGGAGUGUAGGUGCGAGCAACAUUGUUGAUGGAAGAACAUACGUCAAACAUCUUCUAUCUAUGGGCAAAACUGAAGAAGCAAUUGAGUUUGCACAGAAGUUUAUCCCAAGUGCUGUCCAGAACAAUGUGACUAUUGGUAAAGAGUUGUCCAAGGAAGGUAAUCUGGAUCACAAGCUCAAUUUGACUAAUACUUCUGAUGACUUCAAUACUGAAACAGAAACUGCUAUAGCUCCAGUGUGGGUAUUACUGCCAGGUCUACCCAUCCAUUUCUUUGAUAUGGCAGCACUGGCCCUUGUCUGCAAACCACUUGGUAAAAUACUGGGAAUUGACCCAACUACUAUGAACAAAUCCAGACCACAUGUUGCAAGAGUCAGGGUGGAAAUGGAUUUAAUGGCUCCAUUAAUCCAUAAACUGUUUAUUGGCACAUCCACAGUAGUAGGCAAAGAAGAUGAAGGCUUCUAUCAGACUGUUGAAUAUGAAAGAAUUCCAUAUUACUGCUCUAGGUGCUUCAAGCAAGGACACACUGCUGAAAAGUGUAAAUUGGAAGAGGAGAAUCAUUAUGAUGCAGAAAAAAUGAGGAAGGGGAAACAUAUACUGACAGAGGAGCCACCAAAUCAACUUAAACCUACUAGGCGUGGGAGAAGUAGGAGCAGAGCCCCACCCUCUACUCAACACCAGCAGAUGGUUUAUGUUCCUAAAACCUUGGGUCUUAAUACUCAACCUUCACAGUUAUAUGAAGGUCAAACAUCCAAAGGGCAAAACACUGAAAAGAACAAAACUGACCCAAAAAAGAAUGACUUCCAGGUGGUACACAAAAAGCAGUUCCCUAAGCAAACAGCAUCUCAUUCUAACAAAACCUCUCCUGCUAUAGAAAAUCACAAUGCCAAAGAGCCAGAACCAAUUGCCUUGAAACAAUUUGCCUUGACACCAACUAUUGGCCUCAUUCCUAAACCACCUACUCAUGAGGGGCACAAACACCCUGCUAACUCUCAACCUUUGGAUGUGUUCAACACUUUUGAAGUUCUGCAGCAAUUAAAUAUGGAACACACAGGACUGAACCCUAAGGCCUCAGAGUUUCAUCCCUCUACCAUUCCAGGGGCAAAUACUAUCCCCUCAAAAAACGGUGUUCCUCUUGCAGAACUGGAUCCCGACCCCAAAUCAGGCGAGGAUGACAUUGAAGAACUGCCAAUACAAGGAAAGGAGCCUCCAAAACUAAACCCCCUAAGCCACCUACUGGGAAGAAAUCUGGAAAAACCAGAACUUCCCCCCCUCCCAAAACAGCUCAUUAAUGGAUUCCACACUUGUGUGGAAUGCAAAGUUUGGAUAUUCUGGAAGGAUACCUACUCCAUAGAUCUGUUAACUAAUGAAGAACAAGUAGUCUUUGUGAAAGCUACUCAGCUUUCUAGCUGCAGAAAUAGUGUUAUUGCAUUUGUCUAUGCAAAAACAAAGAGUUGGCUUAGGAAGGACCUCUGGAAUUCAUUAGUUCUGUUUGCUCAGUCUCAUGACAAUGCUACUCCCUGGGCUGUGGUUGGAGAUUUUAAUUGUAGUUUACGUCUUGAAGAAAAGCUUGGUGGAUUACCCAUGUCUCUUUCUGCUAGUUGGGAUUUUCAACAAUGCAUCAUGGAUUGUGGUCUCCUGGAGGCUGAGGAAGUAUACCAACAGGAAGACAGUGAGGAGAAUCUGCUCAAGCUAAAAGCUAUUACAGCUCAAUAUACACAUCAGUUGCACCUUGAGGAAAUGUUUUGGAAACAAAAAGCUCAUAUCCAAUGGAUUGAAGGAGGGGACAGAAAUUCCAAGUAUUUUCACUCUUUGGUCAAGGACAGAAGAAGGAAGCUCUACAUACAUAAAAUCAAAGGGCAUGAUGGCCAUUGGAUUGAGGAUCAUCAACAGAUUUCUAGCCAGGCUAUUGAUUUCUUUCAAAAGCUCUUUUCUGAGGAAUCAAGAGGCACAAUUGAUUAUUCUUCUUUAGCCUGUAUCUCUCCCAGGAUCACUGAUGAAGACAAUCAACAGCUUGUGGCCUCUCCUUCCUUGGAAGAGGUAAAGGAUGCAGUGUUCUCUUUAAACCCUAACAGUGCUGCAGGUUUGGUCAUUCUUUCCCUUCUAAAUGCUACUGUUGUACUAAACCUGAUAGAGAAUCAACUGAACAUGUGUUUGCCCAAGGAGAUGUGGCUAGAGCUGUCUGGAAUUAUUUUUGUGACCUGUUUGGUUAAUGUGCCUAGACUUAUAUUCAAGGUGAGGCAGGAUGCUGUUGAGGCUGUGUGUCAUAAAUGGCCAAAAUUAUCGAAUUCUAUCAAUGAUUGGAAGGCCAUCUUUACUCUCUCUGGCAAUAUAUCUAAGGCCUUUCAUUUCAAGGAAUCUCUUUGGCAAAACCCACCUGUGGAUACGGUUAAAAUUAAUGUGUCUUUGUGUUCUGAUACAAAUGGCCAUGGGCUUACUGCUAUGGCUCGUGAUUCAAAAGGGAUAUUUCAAUAUGCUUAUUGGCUAGCUAAUCAGUCUUCUGUGUUGGUUGGAACUAUUGAGUUACUUGUCAUAAUGCUUCAAUGGUGCUUAAGUGCAGGAUUUCAACUGAACGAGGUGGAUCGGAUCUUUGAGUAUAAGGACGUUCCUAAUCGUGACAAAGUGAAGCUUGUGGCUAUCAAACUCCAUGGACGAGCCUCUGCAUGGUGGGAACAGAUGUGGCGAUCUCGUGAGAAGAAGGGCAAACCAAAGAUCAAUGAUUGGGAGAACUGCAGUUUGGGCAACCUCCUUCGUUGCUUGGCUGGAAAUAAAGCGAAGCAGUGGGACUUAGCUCUUCCUCAAGCAGAAUUUGCCUACAACAGGUCGACGAGCAGGACCACUGGCAUGAGUCCAUUUCAGGUUGUCUAUGAUUGGAACCCGACAGGGGUCCUGGACUUGGCCCCUAUUCCACGUGUGGGGCGUUUUCAUCCUAGAGCCGAGGAGAUGGCAGAGCAUCUGAAGGAAAUUCAUGAGCAAGUGCGGAGUAAGAUUGAGGAGAGCAACAACCGGUACAAGGCCCAGGUGGACAAACAUCGUCGUCAAGUUCUGUUUGAUGUCGGAGAUUUUGUUUGGGCUGUAUUAACUAAAGAUCGCUUCCCUGUUGGCGAGUGGCAUAUAGUUACAUUGACUGUAGAUGCUGAUUUAGGUGAAGUAUCUUGCUAUCUAGAUGGUAAUUUUGAUGGCUAUCAGACAGGGCUACCACUGCAUACUGGUAGUUGCGUAUGGGAGCAAGGAACAGAGGUCUGGGUGGGUAUACGACCACCUAUUGAUCUUGACGCAUUUGGGAGGUCGGAUAGUGAAGCAGCUAAUUCUAAGAUGCAGAUAAUGGAUGUAUUUCUUUGGGGAAGGUGCUUAACUGAAGAUGAGAUUGCCACUCUUCCUGGUGCAAUUGUUACUGCAGAGUAUAAUAUGAUCAAUCUAUUAGAUCAUAAUUUUCAAUGGACUGAUUCUCCAACUAGGGCCAGUGUUCUUUGUCCGAAAAUUGUCGAUGACUGGGAGAGCGACCCUGCAGAUGUUGACCUUUAUGACAGAGAUGAUGUGGAUUGGGACGGACAGUAUUCAAGUGGGAGGAGAAGGAGAUCUGAACGGGAUAGUGUUGUUGUAUUGGAUGUUGAUUUGUUUACGAGAAGGUUGAGGAAACCAUCAUUGGAGACCUAGGAAGAAAUGAAUCAACGCAUGCGCUCAGUCUUCUCUCUCUCGGUCUUCUUAGUGUAGCCUAAUAGUGCAGCCCAUUUCUUUUAGUUUAGCCUAAUAGACUUAAACUUAUCUU